AUGACAAACCGCAGAACAACUCACGACAUAAUCCCUGGCUUCGAGCUUGUCGCUCCCUCCAUAUGGGUGUAUGAUCCGCGGCCAAUGUGCCGUGCUACACCUUUCUCGUCGCAAAGUUUGGUGGCACCGUCACUUAUACUGCUAUGCACAUGGACAGGAGCCCAGAACCGUUACAUCGCCAAGUACACAGCAGAGUACAGAUCUCUUUUUCCUUCGUCACGUAUCAUGGUCAUCACAACUUCCGCGAAAGAUCUCUGCUUUAGAAAUUCUGCAAGCAAACAGUGCCGCAUGAAACCCGCCAUCGAACGCAUUUCCAACUACCAGUACCUGGCUGCUCAAGGCUUCGAUAGUGGAAUCCUAUUACACGUAUUUUCUGAAGGUGGGAGUAACAAGGCCUGCGAGUUAGCAGAGGCUCACUACAGGUUCACUGAGACACGACUCCCUGUCUCAGCACUAUGUCUAGACAGCACACCAGGCCACCCACGCUAUCUCCGCUUGUGCGAGGCCCUCAACAAAUCCCUACCCCAGAUACCGGUUCUGCGUCAUAUUGCUAUACUAUUCGCCAGUCUAGUGCUGGGCUGCAUCUGGAUACUCUACAUCGGUAUCAAAGGAUUCGAGAACAACGUCAUCAGUCGGACUCGAAAACGUAUCAACGAUCCUGUCUAUUUCGAUCCCACAGCACCACGCUGCUAUCUUUACUCAAAGAGCGAUACGCUUAUCGCUUGGCAAGAUGUCUGUGAGCACGUGGAACAGUCAGCAUCUAUUGGCAUACCUGUCACCGAAGUGCUGUUCGAGAAAAGUGGGCAUGUCGGACAUGCGAAAGAAGAGCCGAGACGGUACUGGGAUGCUGUUUGGGCGACAUGGCAAGACGCACACAUCAUGGAGAAGGAAAACGUGUACGCUAAGUUCUCUGAAUCAGACUUUUUGGUGCUGGAUCUGCCGAAAUUCCCAGCCUUUGCCAAACAGAGGUGGAGCGAUGGCGAUUUCCAACGCACUUUCGGACGAGCCAUACUGUAG